CCUGCAUUGACAGAAGGAGCCUCGGGAAACACGCACAAAUCUCCUCUCGCUCGCCAAGAACGAAGGACUUUAUCUCUUUUCUCCCGUGACACGCGCACAAGGAAGAUGUUGGCGUGCGACUACACGAAUGCGCUGAUCGCCAUCGUGAUGAUCAUGCCAUUCGUGUAUGAAUUCAGCCACCGCUUUAGGCUGUACCUGAAGUUCUUCCUGUUCUACGCCAGUGUGAUGCUCUGCUCUGUCCUGUGCAUCCCCUUCAUCAUCUGGCGCCCCGGGGAUGUCAGGAAUACCCUGAUAGCAACAUUUCCCCUUCAGUUGCUGAAUCCAUUGCUCGGUUUACACUGGGAGGUGAAGGGGCAAGAGCACAUCACGGUGGAUCGCGCUGCCAUUGUCGUGGCCAAUCAUCAGAGCUCCCUGGACUUUUUGGGCAUGGUGUACAUGUGGCCGAUGUUUGAGAAGAUCACAGCUAUUGCUAAGAAGGAGCUGUUCUAUGCCAUGCCCUUUGGUAUGACAGCCUGGCUCUGUGGUACUCGGUUCAUUGACCGCAGGAACCCAGAGAGGGCAAAGAUGUCGAUGAACAAAGCCUUGGAAUACGUUACAGAAGAGAAGGUCAAGCUAUGGGUCUUUCCUGAGGGCACAAGGAGUAUGGCAGAUGAGAUGCUGCCAUUCAAAAAGGGCGCAUUCCACCUCGCUAUUGAGGGGCAGCUACCCGUCCUUCCUGUUGUUUAUUCAUCCUACAGAGGUUUUCUCAAUCAUCCAUUCAAGAUUUUCAACCCAGGUCACAUUAUAGUUACUUGCCUGCCGCCAAUCUCAACAGCAGGCAUGACUAAAGAGGAUAUGCCACACCUCAUGGAGGAAGUCCGAGCCCAGAUGAUGGAAGUGUACACCAAAACUUCAUCUCAGGUGCACCACCCAUGGCCCUUGACAGAGGCAGUUAAGAAGAAUAGUUAAACUAAGAAGGUAGAGCUUAGGUAGCAGCACCCUCACAUUCUCCUCACUAGAGCCAUCCCCUCAGCAGCGCAUGUACACCUCUAACCGACCCUGCGACGGUGGCUGUGCUUUGUUCUAGUGAAUGUUCUUUUACCCGGAAUAUCUAUCUGCCAAAACCCGUGUCGUUAUCAAGAGACUUUGAUGGCCACAUAUGUAGCUGGGACAACCUUGGAAUGGCUUUGGUAUUUUAAAAAGCUGGUUCUAUAUCUGCUUUCAAUAUCAACUAUAUAUACAUAUAUAGGUAUUUCAACCAAAGUUACUACAAUGGCCGUGUUCUCUUCAACUACUUGAGUUUUGUUAUUUUUUUUAUCUUAUUUUUCAUUGAUAGUAAGUUAAGGAUAAUAUACAUUUCACAGAGACCAACUUCAGAUAACCAUUUGAUAGCUACAAACAGUACUGCUAUAGUAGAAACAUAUACCGGUAUCAGUAUAUCCCUAUGAUUGUGAAUACUGUAAAUCAAAUAUGUAGUGGAGUUAGUGUACCAUGUACAUUGUACAAAAGCUGACAGAUACGUCAGAAAGAAAAUGCUUGCCAAAUCCACAAACUUCUUACAAUGAGUUAAAACCGAAUUAUUGUUCUGUUGCGUCAGCCUUAAAUAAGGCAAUGUAUGUGUUUGCCCGAAUAUCAGUGAAAGAAAUACUUAAAUUAGUUAUAGCUAUAUAGGAUGUUUAUUGCUUCUCAGUGU